AUGCUUGCUACUUACAUUCUGAAACAACUGUUUUCGGAAACGCCGAAUAACGUAAAGUUCCAAUCAAAAUUUCUCGUUUUUUACAUUUGGACCUCAUUUGUGGCAUUAUUUACAUUGCCAUUUUUCGUGUUCAGACCGAAAAACGUUAAGAAUUCCUUAUGUGGUGCUCAAAUUGUGAAACAUGUUACAAAAUUAAUAGAGGUCAAGUGGCAUUUAAGAAAUGGAAGGGUCCUCGCAGAAGAUAGGGGUGCUGUCAUAAUAUCAAACCAUCAAUCUUCAAUUGACAUAUUAGGUUUAUUUAACGUAUGGCAUGUAGCUGUUAAAAUAGCAGCUAUAGCAAGAAAAGAACUGUUUUACAUCUGGCCCUUUGGGCUCGCUGCAUAUCUUGCUGGAGUCGUGUUUAUUGACAGAAAUUGCACAAAGGAUGCAUAUAAGCAACUUAAAGUUACAUCCGAUGUUAUGGUAAAAAAUAAGACGAAAAUAUGGAUAUUCCCUGAAGGAACAAGAAACAAGGACUUCACGAAGCUACUACCUUUUAAAAAAGGCGCUUUCAACAUCGCUGUGGCAGCACAAGUACCGAUUAUCCCUGUCGUUAUAUCACCGUACUACUUUAUCAAUAGGAAGAAAAAUAUCUUCAACAAAGGCCACGCGAUCAUCCAGUGCCUAGAACCAGUUCCCACAAAGGGCUUCACGAUGGAGGAUGUGCCUCAACUAAUAAUUAAAGUCCAGAACAUUAUGGAAAUUGCAUACAAAGAGCUGUCGAAGGAAGUAAUCAGUGCCUUACCGCCUAAUUACCCACUUGCUACUCAAGACUGA